GUACAAUUAUGGCGACAACAGACCGCCACGUCACCUUUAAGAGACUUACAUGUGUUUUCUGUUGUUGUGGAGGAGAAACAAAACAGACGCAUAUCGUUCUGUACCAGUAGACUGCUACUUUAAAAAAUUAGUUUAACGCAGAAAUAUUUUGCGAAUAUGUUGACGGCAGAAGGAGUAUCUGCCUUUUCACGGCAGGUGUGGGAUAAAGUGCUGUCAAAGGUAAAGAAAGCGGUCGUUUUUAUGGAUGACAGGUGCACAGAGUGUUUGCACUGGAACGGUGCAGUGGCCAGCCUGCUCGAAGCAGGAGCUCGCAAUUUAAAGCAGUUCUCCAGCUUCGAAUCCGGUGGCGAAAAUGAGCCGAAAGCGGUGUUUGUGGUCAGCACCCUGCUGAAGGGACGGACCGCGGACGUCAUCCGAGACAUAAUCCGGCUCAGCCGCUUUCAGUACUGCGUGGUCUUCACCGCUGUCCCUCACUCCGUCCACCUCCUAGCUAAUGAUGUCAGCGCCGAUUUGGAGGGGAACCCGGUUUUCGAGCGAUUCGAGGAGAAGCUCUGCGAGUGGAUGGGGAACAUGAACUUCACUGCGGAGGUAAUGCACGCACCCGUGGUGCUCGCGCCCGUGGCGCCGCAGCUUGUCCUCCUGCCCGCCUUUGGGGACCUGUUCCCGCUGCUCACCGAUGACCUCGAGACCAUCAACAGGAAACGGCCGGAGAAGAAAAGACUGGGCAGUCUGGUGGACCUGGACAUGCACUGUCUCCCCCAGGAGCUGCAGAUCCAGAUCAAGACGCUGGCGUCCGGGCUCAACGCCAUGUUCGAGUUCGCCAACGUCAGGGAGGAGAGCUUUGCGCUGGGACCACUGAGCCGCAUCAUCGCAGGGGAGCUGGCCAAUCACGCUCAGUCUAAAGCCAGGAGGAAGAACGCCCCCAACAAGGCCUCUGUGGUUUUCAUCGACAGAACGCUGGAUCUCACAGGUGAUGGCCCAGUGACGGUGUGUAGUACAGGUGCUGUGGGUCACCAUGGCGACAGUCUGGUGGAGAAGAUCCUGUCGGUGCUGCCGCCGUUACCUGGGCACAGGUGUGAUGUGCAGGUGGACAUGCUGGAGCUGACAGACCUGCCCCACACACCUGAGACACAGGGCACCCUGGCGCCCGGAUGCCUGGCACAACCCCAGGACAGGGCAGCGUGCGCCCUGUGGGAGGCCAUGCUGAGCGGGAGGCAGAAGGAGGCCGUGAUGGAGGUGCGCAGACACCUGGUGGAGGCCGCCAGCAAGGAGAACCUGCCAAUCAAAAUGAGCAUGGGUCGUGUGACAGCGGAUCAGCUCUUGGCGCAUGUGCGGUUGUUCAGGGGCCACUGGGAGGCGCUGGAGAGUCACUGCGGAGUGCUGCAGCUGUCUCUGGCCACCGCCCAAACACUGCGCCACCCCCACCUGCCCCUCUGGGACACCUGCCUGGCUUCCGAGAGACUGCUGCUGCAGACUCUUGGAGACUCUGACCUCCCGGCGGUUCUAAAGCAGAUCCAGUCUCUGGUGAAGGGCGGGGCAGAGGGUGGGGCCAGGUGGGGUCUGGACGAGCUGCUGGUGCUGCUGGUGUACGUGUACUCUGUGGCUCGAGAGGCGGGGCCUGAGGAGGAGGGGGCGCGGCCUGAGGAGGAGGGGGCGGAGCUGGAGGUGAUGGGAGCCCUCACCCUGCUGUUGACACAGCAAACACAGCUCAGCCCCCUGGUGCAGCGCCUGACCGGGUGCGUGAGUGUGGGGGAGCUGACCGCAGAGACCGCACACACGACCGUGGAGCGAGUGUUCCGAACCCUGCGGGGACUGGGCCACGCCCGCCGCCACCUGAAGCACCUGCGCUCCACCUACAGCCCCGGCGACGGCGUGCACCAGGCGACGUACAGGCCCUUGCUGAAGCUGGUUCUGGAGGAGAUCUUCCACCCUGACCGACGGGACUGCCCUGAUAUCGAGCACAUGUCUGCAGGCCUGACUGACCUGCUUAAGACUGGAUUCAGCAUGUUCAUGAAAGUGAGUCGACCGCACCCCAGUGACCACGCCCCACUGCUGCUCUUCCUGGUGGGAGGAGUUACACCCUCAGAGCUGCGCCUGGUUCGGGAGACCGUGUCAGCCCACAAACCCAGCACACAGGUGCUGGUUCUCUCCACCAGACUGCUGAGCCCUAAAGACGUCCCUGAGCUGCUGUUUGGGACAGAGAGACUGUUCCCUGACAUCGGUGUGUGAGACAGGUCCCCCAGAUCAGCACAUGCCUGCUCAUUUCCCUUCCGACUGGUCCCUGUGUGAGUGCGUGCGUGCAUGUGUGCGUGUGUGUGUGUGUGUGUGUGUGUGUGUGUGUGUGUGUGUGCAUGUGUGUAUGUGUGUGUGCAUGUGUGUAUGUGUGUAAGGACAUGGUGCAUGGUGUCAGUCUGAUAUUUGAAGACGGUGUAUGUGAUACUGCAGCAUGACUGCCCUGUUUGACUCUGUUCUGGCUCAGAUUCCUACAUGUAAUAAACAUGCAACACAUUCA